AUGGAGAGCGCGUGGGUGGUGAACGGCUGGCGAGCCAUGUUCGAGGAGUCGGGCUACCCUGAGUGGGUGGUGGCGGGCGUGGGCAGCUUCGUGCUGCACGAGUCGCUCUAUUUCCUGUUCCACAUCCCCUACCUCAUCUCCGACCUCAUCCCCUCGCACCAGAAGUACAAGGUCCAGCCCCACAAGCCCAACGACUGGCCUCUCUACAAGCGGUGCCUCAAGCAGCUCUUCUUCAGCCACAUCGUCAUCCAGCUGCCCCUCAUCCUUGUCUCUCACCCAAUCUUCGAACUGCUUGGCAUCCGAACCGAGGCCGAACUAAUCCCCUCGUGGUGGACCAUCGUCGGAUCUUGCGUCCUCUUCCUCAUCAUCGAAGAUUUUUAUUUUUAUUGGAUUCACCGAUUCUUGCACUGGGGUCCCAUCUACCCCUACAUCCACAAGAUCCAUCAUCACCACGCCGCGCCCUUCGGCCUCGCCGCCGAGUACGCCCACCCGGUGGAGACCAUCUUCCUCGGUCUUGGCACCAUGCUCGGCCCGUUCCUCUUCGCCACCCACCUCUUCACCGUGUGGGCCUGGCUCUUCCUCCGCCUCUUCCAGACCGUUGAGGCCCACGCCGGCUACGACUACCCCUGGUCGCCCAACCGCUUCAUCCCCUUCUGGGGCGGAGCUGAGUACCACGACUUCCACCACAUGGCGUUCACCGGCAACUACGCCUCGACGUUCAUCGUGUGGGACCGCGUGUUCGGCACCGACGUCAAGUACCACGAGCACCGCAACAAGCAGCAGAAGGCCAAGAACGGCGUUCGCUUCGAGGAGACCGCCGCUCCCAAGAAGGCCAAGAAGCGCGAGUGA